AUGACUUCAAAAGGCCUCUGGACCCCGAAGCCCGCCAUCGCCUCCUCAAACCCUCCCCACCAAGGCCCCCGCCGCAUCGGCCAAUGGCUCUACCUCAAGCCUGAGAAGAUCGACGAGUACAAAAAGUGCCACGCGGCCGUGUGGCCUGCGGUGCUGGAGCAGAUCAAGGACUCGAAUAUCAAAGACUAUUCGAUUUUCCUGAGUAUGGAGCCAAGGCCCACGCUUUUUGCGAGUUUCAAGUAUGUGGGGAAUGCGUUCGAUGAGGAUAUGAAGAGGAUGGCGCAGAAUGAGAAGGUGCAGGAGUGGUGGCGGAUGACGGAUGGCAUGCAGGAGUCUCCCGUGGAGGGCGCGGUUGGGAGUGCGAGUGGGCCGGGGUGGUGGGGGCAGACAGAGGAGGUGUUUUACGUGGAGUAAAUUGUCUGGAUGGUGACAUGAGAGAGAAAU